AGCCGGGGUGUGCGCCGGCCCCAGGCACGGCCCGCCGCUUCCCUCCCGACUUCUGCGGCGCGCCAAGGACUCCUCAGUGGGUUGUACAGACUUAUCGGAUGAAGAGUGCCUGAGAGACUGACAGUCUGCAUUCCCUAAGAUGGAGAAGACAGAUGCCAAAGACCAGUCCUCUCAGGGGGAUGAAGAGAAAGGCCCUCCAAAGAGCCACCCCUACUCUGUGGAGACCCCGUAUGGCUUUCAUCUGGACCUGGACUUCCUCAAGUACGUGGAUGACAUUGAGAAGGGAAACACCAUCAGAAGGAUUCCUAUCCACAGAAGGGCCAAGCAGGCCAAGUUCAGCACUUUGCCUCGAAACUUCAGCCUUCCUGACAGCAGGGCUCGCCCCCAUGCUGCUCUUCCCCACCAAAACUGGUCCCCAGUGGUGCUGAAGAAGGUGUCGCUGGGGACAGAGGAGCGAGCCCAGUCGCUGCCCCCUGGUGAACACCCACAAGCCUCUGCCAGUGGGAGUGAGGUGAGCUACCACAGGAAGGCCCUACUGGCGGAGACAGCCAGACAUUUGGAGGCUGUUGCGCCCGGGGAGGCAGAACCAGCCCCCGGGAGUGGACGGCCCCAGCUCUUGAGAGCGUCCAGCAUGCCAGCCACACUGCAACAAAACAGGGCCUCAGAGGACUCAAGCCUAAACUCAGGUCCCCCCACACCUCCAGCCCUCCCUCCACUUCAGGGUGAAGGCAGUGUCUGUGAAGGCACCUUUGGCCCUGCAGAUGGAUUUGCAGGUUUUCAGAACUCCACCCCACGAGCAACAACCCAACCCAAAGUCAGAGAGUUUGGGGACGUGGUGCCAGGGAUUCCAGAGCUGGUCCAGGAGGGCACCGAGCCUCCCGAGGACGAAGAUGAAGAGGAGGAUCCAAAUCCCCUCUCUCUCCCAAGUCCUCCCUUCUUAUCUGAGGAUGCACUUGUCGUUCUGGAGGAUGAAGAAGACGAACACAAAACCAGAGAAGCAGAGGUGGUGGUCACCCCUGGCUCCCCAACACCCAGCCCCCCACAGCUGCCAUCACCCAUUCCUGAGAAUGAGUUCCCCCUAGAAGAAAUCGAGCUCAACAUCAGCGAGAUCCCACCCCCACCACCUGUGGAGAUAGAUGUGAGGAGCAUUGGCAUCCGGGUCACGGAGGAAAGCCUGGGCCUCCCCGCAGUGGAUCCUGGAAGCAUCUCCAGCCUGAAGCAACGACUCUCUGCCCUCGAGGGUGAGCUGUCUGGAAGAACCGAGGAACUGGCCCAGGUCAGAGCUGCCCUCCAGCAGCAGGAGGAGGAAAUCAAGGCCAGAGGGCAGAGGAUUCAAGAGCUAGAGCACACUAUAGCUCGACUGGCAGAAAAGCUUAGCCACGAGAACACCAGAGCACAGAACACCAGAGACACUCGGGGCCACACUGACGCCAUGGUCAACACUGACCCCCUCCAUGGACUCUUGCCCAGGGAGUCCUGUGACAAGAGCACUGAGGUCAACCUUCUGGGCAGCACAGGAUCUGAAAGCUGGAGGGCCAGAGGAGAGGAGAAUGGCCUCUUAGUGGGGCAGGCCAGCCACAAACGGGGGGAUCAGAGCCCAGCAGAAUUCAUGCCACCACCACAGCUGUCACUGCCACAAGGACCCGAGGUGGUCCUCGCCCCCUCUUUACCUAGCUGCCUCUCCACUGAGCUGAGGAUCGAAGAAGCAGGCUCUGAGCAGGAGGGAAGCCCUCAGGUGGGAGCCGAGGGUCUGGGCAGGGGAACAGGGCGCUCUUCAUGGAGCAGCGACAGAAAGACGCCCCCAGCAGGGCGAGAGGAGACCAGUUCAGAGCUGCCGGGGAAGGAGCGCCCGGGGAGGCCACCAAGCUCUCCCACAGAUGCCACUAUCGGCCAAUACGUUAAGAAGAUCCAGGAACUCCUGCAGGAGCAGUGGAGCUGCCUGGAGCACGGGUACCCGGAGCUGGCCAGCGCCAUCAAGCAGCCCGCCUCCAAGCUUAGCAGCAUUCAGAGCCAGCUGCUGAGCUCCCUUAACCUGCUGCUAUCUGCCUACUCGGCCCGCACUCCACCCCAGAGGGAGCCCCCGGCCCCCUCUGCCUCCCCGCCGAUGGAGAUCUCCCCGUCGACCAGCCUUAAAUCCAUAAUGAAAAAGAAAGACUAUGGCUUCCGUGCAGGAGGUAAUGGGACCAAAAAGAACCUUCAGUUUGUUGGGGUUAACGGUGGCUACGAGACCACCUCAAGUGAGGAGACCAGCGGUGAGGACACCUCCCCGGAAGAAGUGUCAGACAGCGAGGCCGAGAAGAAAUGUGAUGGCCCAGAACACAGGCGUGGUAAGGAGGCCCACCCUGCCUACAAGGCUGGGCUGAGCAUCCCUGAGGGCACCAGCACCACAGGCCAGGAAAGUGGGCCUGGGGAAGAAGUCCCCCAUCCCAAGGCUGAGAGAUAUAAACCCUCAGAAGAAUUCCUCAACGCAUGCCGGGCAUUGAGCCAAUAUCUGCCAGAAACUGGGGCCACCACCAACCAACUCUUGAGGCAGCGCUUGAACACCCUCCGUCAAGAGUGGUUCCGCGUCUCCAGCCGGAAGUCGUCAAGCCCUGCUGUGGUGGCUGCCUACCUCCGAGGGGUCCAGCCCCACUCCCCACACUUCCUGCAGCUGCUGGUGAACUUGGCUGAUGGCAAUGGGAACACGGCCCUUCACUACAGCGUGUCCCACUCCAACUUCUCUGUGGUGAAGCUGCUGCUGGAGACAGGUGUCUGCAAUGUGGACCAUCCGAACCGAGCUGGCUAUACUGCCGUGAUGAUCACUCCCUUGGCUUCUGCAGAGACCGACGAAGACAUGGCUGUCGUCUGGAAACUCUUAAGAGAAGGAAACGUGAACAUCCAAGCUACUCAGGGGGGCCAGACUGCGCUGAUGCUGGGAGUCAGCCACGACCGGGAAGACAUGGUCCAGGCGCUGCUGAGCUGCCAGGCAGAUGUGAACCUGCAGGACCACGAGGGAUCCUCGGCCCUCAUGCUGGCCUGUCACCAUGGCAAUGCCGACAUGGUGCGCCUGCUCCUGGCACACCCCGCCUGCGACAGCACCCUGACCGACAAGGCUGGCCGAACAGCUCUGUCCAUCGUUCUGAAAUCACCCGCCCAUGUGGAAAUUGCAGGGCUUCUGCGGGCCCACGCAGAGCAGGGCAGGUCCCUGGGGCCCUAGGGGCUAAGGAAGAACUGGCAGCUGGAAACAAAAGGCUCCUUCUCUGGACUCCUUAGCCCGUGGAGAGGGCAUGGGUCACAGCCAGAGGGCCACCAUUCAAGAGAAGAAACUAUGUCAAAUAUGCACAUACAUUCCUGUUACAUAAUUCUGCUCAUUAGAACGCUUUGUAGUUUUUGCCUUAGGUCAAGCCCCAAAACUACGCAGGCUGCAGAGCAGGGUAUAAGGUACAGGGUGCAUCCGUGUUGUCUAAAAAAAUCCCAAAUAUCUUCAGCCUUGAAUUCCUCAUGACUCUAUUCUUUGUAGCACUGUGUAGAAAGCACAUAGGCAGGAGCACAUUAGCCAAGCAAUACUUUUUACAUGGAAUUUUAAAGUGCACCACCUUUUUGUUUUGUAAUCAGGUAUAUGAAUAUGUCCCAUUGAAUAUGCAUGU